CUUUUCUACGAUAUCUGCAUCCGGUGAUCAUGCUGCCAAACCUCAUUAUCACAGUGCAGGUGAAGAAGGUAAACGAUUAGUGACAGCUGAUCAGGUCUACUUGCUGGACUCUGGAGCUCAUUAUAGAGAUGGUACCACUGAUGUUACUCGCACGGUUUGGAUCAGCAAAGACUCACCGGUGCCAAAAGAUUUCAUCCAUAAUAACACGCUCGUUCUCAAGGCACACAUCAACCUAGCCACUACCGUUUUCCCACAGGCCGUCACUGGUGUUCGCUUGGAUACGCUUGCACGCUAUCCACUUUGGCAAGUUGGACUAGACUUUGGACAUGGAACAGGUCAUGGAGUUGGACACUUUUUGAAUGUCCACGAGGGACCAGGUGAGUAAUU